AUGAUUCAGGUAAGGCGCUUUUUGAUGAUGACAUGGCUGCUGGGGUUCUUUGAGUCUCCCGGCAUCCACUCCUACAAGCUGUCCGAGUCGCCUCCGAUCAACACCACCAACUCAAGAGAGCCGACAGUGUUUCGCGAGGUGGAGAAGAACUUGGUGCAUGAAGCAGGUGAGGUGAACACAAUGUCCGAGCCGCAUGAGGGAGCCACCAAUGACACAGCAGGCUUCAGUGAUCUGGCCACCAACUUGGAGUUCUUGCUGCUCAAGGUGGCACAACUGGAGACCGAGCUGAAAGCCGCGCAUACCGAAAUCGACACCAUAAAGGAGCACGUUGGCUUGGACGUCCAGCACGUUGCAAUGCCGAGGAAGGGAUUUCGUGAUCCCAAUGCAGCAACGGAUGAUCUCAAGAAGGCCUUAGGCAAGCACCACCAUCAGCGCGAGACGCCCAACUACGAUCCCAAAAACCACAAGGACUCUGUGGCGGAUACAUCCGAGGCGCUCCUCGAACGUCAGGACGAGACUUCAGAGAGGUCUUUGGAUGAGACUGGCAUCAUCCCCAUCUCCAGCAGUGGUCCCAGUAUCCCAUUCGAUCUGGGCUGCAGUGGGAGGGAGCCGCACGCUUCUGUGGACGGCCACGAGCUGACGAUCAACUUUGGCGGAUUCAAUUGCUGGCUAUCGGUUGCCGGCACCCGGAGAAACAUCAACCUGCCAUUUGGCAGCAGAAAAGUGACGCUUCCGCAUGCGCCCCCUCUCUCGCACGAGCUGCAGCGGGCUGUCUCGAUGAUGCGUGAUCUUCUGAGAGCCGAAGGCUGCAACACAGCAGACAUAUUCCACUGCAUGGCCAAGAAAGUGGCGGACCGCCUUUUCGCGCCACCCAUGACUUUUCUGCCAGACCAGCUAAAGACUGUUGUCAAUACGGGCCGGGACUAUGUCCAAAGGAUGAUGAACAUGAUGAUGGAUCUUGGCAUCCCGGCGGACUGCGAUCCAAACAACCCCAUUGAGUGCAUGACCGAGAAAGUGGCGGACCAGCUCUUCGCGCCACCCAUGACUUUUCUGCCAGACCAGCUAAAGGCUGUUGUCAACACGGGCACGGAGAGCGUCCAAAGGGUGUUGAGCAUGAUGACGGAUCUUCUGAACACAGCCCACUGCGAUCGAGGCAACACCUUCGACUGCAUGGCACAGCAUGUCUUUCACUGGCUGCCCCAGCAGUUGCACACAGUUGUGAAUGCGGGCCAGGAGGGUGUCGACAGGGUCUUCGCGAUGAUCCGUGAUCUUCUGAACACAGCCCACUGCGAUCGAAGCAACACCUUCGACUGUAUGGCACAGCACGUCUUUCACUGGCUGCCCCAGCCGUUGCACACAGUUGUGAAUGCGGGCCAGGAAGGCGUCGACAGGGUCUUUGCGAUGAUCCGUGAUCUUCUGAACACCCCGCACUGCGACAGAGGGAACGUUUUCCACUGCAUGGCCAAGCGUGUGGCAAGCUAUGUCAUGCAAUUCGAGCCGCCGCUGAACUCGAUGCCUGGUCCGGUUGUCGUUCUUGCAGGCUCGAAUGUCAACUCCGUGAAGAGCUUGAUGGCCAUGGGGGAUGACCUGACGCAUUGCCAAAACUUGGAGUCCGGCCAUGAAGUCAUGAAAUGCCUAGGCUACAAGAUCAUCGAGCGGGUACCUCCUCUGAGCUACCUGAACCAGCUAGGUGACGUGAUCCCUGAGUAUCUCGAGACCUUCGCCAAGGCGGCCACUUCCUUGGCAAUGAAGGCUUUACGGGGAGGCACUUCCCUUAUCGAGAAGGCCAGCGUGUCCCAAUUCCCGCCCGUCGGCAACAUGCCGGUGCGGCACCAGCAGGGGAAUCUGGUCGUGGAGGUGCACUCGCAAGAACUGCAUCCCUCGCUGUUGCAGUUCUUUUCCGGACAGGAGAAGCAGGGAGUGCCAGUUCCAGAAUUUGAGGAUGGUGGUGAUGUCCACCUCGCCAACUUGAUCACCCAGUUCCAUGGCAGGGAGGCCGAUUCGGGCUCUUGCCUGGCCUUUGCACCCCGAACCAAGACCGGGGCCCAUGUUGGCAACCACCAGGAGGCGACGAAAGACGACUGGACGACGGCAAAGAAGGAGGACUUCGUCCAGUUGGAGCCUUGGGCGGUGCCCUGCGACAACACCUGGAUGAAGGAGAACUGGAACAAGUGGCAGGGGUACUCCUUCUACACGGGCGAGCAGGCCGUCGAGAAGUGCCUGACAGUGAAGUUCGCCCUGAACAUCCAGCCUGUAGUGUCCGUCAUCUUGGGCUUGAGUUUCGAGCUUCUGCCGGAAGAACUCUUCGAGGUGAUCACCACGGUGUGUUGGCCGAACCAGUUUCCUGGUGGCCUCGACUUGUCCGUCCUUCGUUCGGAGAUCAAAACCGCCAACCACCUGCUCUUCAGCCGGACCCUACGGCUCGCGAAGCGCUUCGGCAAUCAUACAGACUUUGCCAAGGAGAACCUGGGCACCGGAUACGAAACCUGGAGAUCAUCGCUUGGUAUCGAUAAAGGGGAGAGCGGCAGUGCGAUCGAAGCCAUGUCGCUUGUGGACAGCAACCGUAGUGAAGUAAGCGGUGGUGCAAAGACGGAGUCCUGGUACUGGAGGACAGAGCCCGAGGAAGUCUACCUGGCUUCCAUCGACUAUGGUGACUCCAUGGAGCCCAACAGGACCUGGGAGGUGCGAGGAGAGGAUGCCAUGCUUCGAUUGAGCGAAAUGCAGGAGGCUCGCAAGCAGGACCGGGAGGAAGUCAUCGAGCUCUUCAACUUGCAGGCGAAUUCGGGAAAGUCGAACUUCCACAUCCAAGGCCUCCUCGACGGCAACGUCGUAGAGAUGGGUGUCCAGAUGGGUUUCGGACCCUUCCAAAGCCCGAGUCGGAGAGUUCCUUUGGCUGACAUCGGAGUGCAGUUUGCUGCCGUCCUGACCGCAAUCCCUUGGAUCUCUGUCGAAACGAAGAAGACUGCCAUCGCAGCUUUGAAGGACUUCUGGCCAGGGCACGACGUGCUUGUGGGGCCCGAGCCAGCUGACAAGUCUUCCAUGGUGGCCUGGUUCAAGAGCGAAGAUGCCGACUCAGCUUGGAACAGCUCCGUGGGCAGCUGGCAGGCUCAUGUGACGAAGGGCAGCGUCACGAAAAAGGUCGAGGCCGGACACGGCGCCACAUAUCCCGUUGUCUACCUCACCGGCGACACCAACACCGGAAUAGACUUCGGCCAGAUUAUGAAGCCGGACUUCACCAUCUGCUCCGUCACGCGAUACCUCGGAGGAGAAGGAGGAGCAAACAAGCAAAUCCUCCAGCACGAUCAGUGGCACUGGUUUCAUGGUCACUGGCGGGGACAUGUGGGGGUUGCACACUACAACCACUGGGUGACCCAUCCUCAAGGUCCACAUUGGCGGCAGCAUCCGGGCUUGACUGGCUGGCUGGUGAUGUGUGGCAACAGCGCGGGGGUUGUCUUCAGGGGCAAGGAGAGGAGAAAUGUCGGAGAGACCGCGGCACUCAAGUCGCAUGCAGAUGCCCACUUGUACAUCAACGAGGGCCGCCAGACCGGGGAGUCAUCGGACUUUGGCGUCAUGGAGGUCAUCGUUUGGAACCGGGCGCUCUCGGAAGAUGAGAUGUGGACCAGCAUGGAGUACCUGAACGCGAAGCUCGGGCCCCUUGAGCGCCAACCAGCUGACCAGUCGUCCAUGGUGGCCUGGUUCAAGAGCGAAGACGCCAGCGCAGCUUGGAAAAGCGCGGUGGGCAGCUGGCAGGGUCGCGCGACGAGGGGCAGCCCCACCAGAAAGGUCGAGGCUGGCCACGGUGCCAAAUUUCCGGUCGCAUACCUCGCCGGCGACGUCCACACCGGAUAUGACUUCGGCCAGAUCAUGAAGCAGGACUUCACCAUCUGCUCGGUCACUCGCUAUGUCGAAGGAGGAGUACAGAAGAGAAUUCUCCAGCACAACCAGCCGAACUGGCUUCAUGGCCACUGGGGUGGGAAAGUGGGGGUUACGCAUUACAACACGUGGGUGAACGAGGAGGGGCAGCUCACGGGCUUGACCGAUUGGUUGGUGCUGUGCGGCAACAGCGCAGGGGUUGUCUUCCGAGGCCAAGAAAGGAAGAACCUUGGACAGCACACACCGGUGAAGUCAAGCCCAGAUGCCCACUUGUACAUCAACGACGGCCACUUUACGGAGUCUUCGGACUUUGGCGUCAUGGAGGUCAUCGUUUGGAACCGGGCGCUCUCGGAAGACGAGAUGUGGACCAGCAUGGAGUACCUGAACGCGAAGCUCUCGCAUCGGCCUGAGUCGGCCUGA